AGCCACAGCCACGACAGAAGUCGCAGGCGUCUGCUGUCUUUUGGUUUUGUUAUCGGUUCGCUUGUCGAUGUCGCACACGGUUUGACCGGUUUGUCGUCGCUACUAAAUUCGCUUCUCUCGUGCGGCAGCUUCCGCAUCGCUCAGUCUGUAUCGUUUGAACAUGUUACCCGCGAACCCACAAGCGAGGCGAAGCCGCCUCAAAAUUUUCAACGCCGUGGUCUGCGUCUUGGGUGUUCUGGUUUCGGUGUACGCAUACAUUGUCGAAACCCGUGCCGAGGAAGACCCCAAGUACGCGCCGAUGUGCGACCUCAGCCCGAACGUCAGCUGCACCAAGGCGUUCAAUUCUGCGUACGGCAAAGGACUGGGACUUCUCCAACGUUUCGUUGGUUCUGACUCUGUACUCGUUCAGCCGAACAGUGUCUAUGGAAUUAUAUUCUAUGUCACUGUCUUGAUAUGUGGCAUGUUUGAUGGAAGCCGCUGGGACAAAUUGCACUUCGCUCUCUGCAUACUGUCCAACAUCACAUCGGUUUACCUUGCCUACAUCCUUUACUUCGUGCUCUACGACCUCUGCGUGGUCUGCGUUACGACGUACGUGUGCAACGCACUGCUCCUCAUCGGCAGCUGGAUUCGUCCGAGUGCGGUCAUUGCAAAACCAAAAGCGUCGUAACUCGGACUUUCGUGACCGUGAUGCAUGUGCACAUUCACAGCGAACCUGUAUGUUGUCUGAAAACGCAACAAUAUUCUAAUUUCAGUGUGAAUACAUAAUUCCACUGUUUACGUACAAAUGUGGCAGUGAUUAUGUACCCCUAGCAAGGAGCUUAAUUGUCACACCUUUUUUUUAAGUUUUUGUGCCGACAUUGUACUAUAUGUUGUUUGCUUAGUGUUUAACUGUGUUCAAGACUAGGCAUGUAAUGAACUUGCAUUGUAUCUGUCACCAAUUCUUAGGAGGAACUACUUCACGGUAGCCUGUUUACGCAGCCUGCCUUGUUUUGUCUACAACAAACAUGUCCCUAAAAGAUUUAUUAAUGCAAACUUUGAUAUUUCAUUAGGGGGGAGAUCCAAUGCAUGAGAAACACAAAGUGACCAGAGCCAUGAACCAGCAGAACUGCUGGUUUACUGGACGAAACUGAACACAUUCUUCGAUAUUUAUGAAGCAGCACACUAAAGACAAUCACGCACACAUAAAAAUGACGCAAACACAAGUGCUGGUUUACAUCAUUUUUAUGUGUGUGUGAUUGCAUCUUUUGUGCACUCCUUCAUCAAUCAUGGCUCACCAACAGGCUCAUGAAUACAUAUUAAGACAUUCUUUGUAGCCCCAAGUAGCUUGUUGCCAUUUAACUAGCACUAGCAGUGCAGAGAACCUUGUCACGGUGCCGGAGAGGCUUGCUAAUCGGACUGUGGCAACUGCAUAUGGGGGGCAUCACAUAUCUGCUGUCUGCAGCUCAUUUAGGUACAGCUGGCAGAUGACAGCCUCAGUCCAGUCUUGAAAAGACAUACGCACAAGGUUUCUGUGAUGUACACAGAGAAAACCCACUCGGGGGAAGCUGCAAAUUCCUCAAAACAUGAUGUUAAGCAAAAGUGCAACGCUCAGUCCUGUGAAACAUUCAUCCUUACUGGACAGAAUUAUAGAGACCUGAACAUUUUGUUACGUUGCUGCACUGAAAGAAUUGUGUGGUGAAAGAUUGUGUGCACAAUGUGCUCUUUUAUUGUUGUGUACUCAUGAGGUACUGACACCAAUUUUCUAAGGCAAGCUUAUUUAUUUAUUUACUCAGCCAUACAAAUCUCCUGUAUACAGAGAUGGCUCUGAUGAAGUGUGAAGCUCAGUAAAUGCUGAUAAGAUAUUUCAUUUUGAAAUUAAGGUUGAUCUUCGCAUGCCACAAUUACUGACAUCAACACUAGUGUGACAUGAGGCUGCAGUGUCAACUCUGGUGACUUCACACUCCAGUAUGGCUGGCUCUGAUGACGUCGGGUACUAAAACAUUCAAUAUGGCCGCUUGUGCGUCACCAACGCAGCCACGGAGUGGAGUGCCCGUGGAAACGUCGCAAGAUCUUGCGCGGGCAUGUGGUGAGGAACUCGUACCACGUUGCGUCGUCAGGGUACAGUAGGAACCAAAACUAGCUUUUAAAAACAUACAGCAAUCACUUUUUCAGGGUGCACUCAUGCUUACCAGUAAAUUUUCUAGGCUCUUAUGGGCUUAGCUUUUCAUUUGACGCAAAGAAAACAACUAAAAAUGUUCGUGUCAGUACCUCUUUAAUGUGAAACAUGGUACCUUAUAUGGAGCUUUCAUCGCCCAGUUAUCAAAAACCUUGCACCUAGCUUGUACUGUCCGUCCAGAAUGAAAUACAAACAUGAGAGAUUCAACUAGAAGGCAUACUUCCUUUUCAACAUUCAUUCGUGUGUGACGCUUAUAUGAUUAAUACUAUAUGGAAAAUUAGUUUUGCGUCUAGAACACACUUAGUGCCUCGCAAACCAUGUCUACAGAUCACUUUCAAGUAAUCAAUCCUUGAUAUGACACUGUUAUAUAACAAGUUAUCAGAUAUGAUGAAGUAGCAAAUCUACAACAGUACUUGCCAAUAUCAGCAUUUAGCAAAAUGAAACAAAUAUGUGCUUAUAACGAAUGGUGAAUUUAACGAUGUAUUAUGAUGACCUUAUAUAAUUCUAGAGGGCUUAAAGAAAUCAAAAUCUUUUCUAAUUAGUAACAAUAUUGUGUUUGCAUGAAGCCACCGUAUAAAUUUUCAGUGCAUUUCCUUUGCAGUUGAAGUUUUACUUGAAGCAAGGUAUACUUUGUUUAUAUUUCUCGUGCUUUUUGAGGUGUCACUUUAAUGUUCAUCAAUGUUUUGCAUCGCGGCACUUCAUUUGAUCUGGGCAUGUAUAAAUUAUGUGCUGCAUAUGAGCUGCGUGCCAAAUUGCAUUAGAAGCAGAAGCCUUAGUCAAGCCAUAUGGCAUCCAUCUUCUACUUCUUUCCUGUAUGCUAACAGAAUAAAGGCUGAUUAAUCAUAAGGUACAACUUUAGUAGGAAGCAUAAAAAAACAACUCAUUUUAUUUUUUCUCGUUGACAUUUGUGACGUGGUAGCACGUAUUCAUUAGAGGUGUUAAGGUAAAUGACACGGCACUGUUGAUAGGUUGGUGCGUGGCACGCCUUUUCUCUUCAUUUCAAGGUAUUGCCGAUUACACAAUGUUCAUUUUGUUGACACUGCUGUUAUGUGAGAGAGUGGACACAUGCUCAGAGUCGCCUUAAGCCUACCAAUGUGAAACGUCAAAUGCGACGUGUGAAGUUGUAGUCACGAGAGAAAUUUACGCUGGCUAGUCUCUGGAAAGUACACAAACUGCACAUUUUUGUUAUACUAAUAGAGACCUCUUGUUUGCUUUGGACACUAAACUGGGGUUAUGUGAUGUGCUUGAGAUUAUAUGUGCUCAGAAGUCAUUUACCAAGCAGUGCUGCGCACUGCACAAGUGUGUCUAUCGUGGUGUUCAGGUGCAGUAUUUUUGUAACACAUUUAAAGAUAUAUAUUUACUACUUAUUUUAAUAUACAGCGUAUACAUGUACAUCCUAUAAAUGUCUGUACUCUGAAGUCUCAUGAAAUAAAAAUGUCACAAAUGUCUUU